GGCGUCCGCGGGCGCGUCGCCGCCGACUCCGACUACAUGGCGGUCAACGGCUCCCAGAUCGGCCGCCUGCGCCUGGCCGGGAUUCAGGUGCGCCACGACCAGGAGAGUGGCUACAUGCAUCACAAAUUUGCUAUUGUGGACCAGAAGAUGCUCAUCACCGGCUCCCUCAACUGGACCACUCAAGCCAUUCAGAGCAACCGGGAGAAUGUGCUGAUCGUGGAGGACGCAGAAUAUGUGAAGCCUUUCCUGGCAGAGUUCGAAAGGAUCUGGGAAGAGUACAAUCCAGCCAAUUACACGUUUUUCCCCAAAGGAAAGAAUCAGAAAUAAUCAAGCCGUUCCUUGGAGCUGGAGGAAGCCUUGGCAAGUGGGAUCUUUGCAGCAAGCUCAUCUGUAUUUAGUUUAUAGCUACAAAGACCAGCACAUUAUGAGCUUCCAGACAUUCCCAUCCAUUGGGCUGCAAUAUAGUUCAACUUCUCUGCAAGAGUGAAGCAUGCAGAGUCAAGUUCAUUGUGAGCUAAAUGAAAGUGCAUGACCCACCAUCCUGGAUACAUUAUUUUGCGAGUGUUAACAACAGUAAGGGUCUGUUGCAACUCUGGUGGUGGAGUUCAAGGUCGUUCACUGACAUGUACUGGAGCAGGACAGGAAAAGCAAGGUACGUCUGGACUGUUUAAACAAUCCUGAGUGUUUCAGCAGCGGAACAGCUGUUUAUCUCCUUGUGGCAUUGCAGGUACCAUUCCUUGUACAGGCCAUUGCUGUGGGGGCAGGCAUAGAGAGUCUCAAACUGGCAGCAUAAAAGCACGUCUUCUUUCUGAGUCCUACCGGGAGAAUAUAGAGGGCUGUGGGCAAAGCUAUAGUUCAUGUAGAGCAGGGUUCAGCUUGUGGCCUGUGGGCCAUGUGCAGCCCCCCAAAAGUUGGCAUGUGGCCUUCAGGGUUUGCCCCACCCCUUGCCAGGUGCAACUGGGUUCUUUAGGCUCCCCCUUCCUCCUCUGGCUUCUGCUUCCUGGCAGAGCAGUAUAGGGGGAAGGAACAGGGAGCCCAAGCUACAUGGGGGUGGGGAGUGAGGGGCUGCCUGUACUGCAUGUGCAGCACAGGAGGGGACUGGACUGCUUGUGUUGUGUGCAACAAAGGGCAGGCUAGGGCUUCACACACUGCAGGUGAGCAGCAUGUGGCCAGGAGGGGAAGGGGAUGCUGCGCCUGCAGCUGGGAGGAGCCUGGCUGCCUGGGCUGAGCAGGAUGGAGGGCAUACUGGGUUGCCUGCACGGGGCAGGGGAUGCGGCCCUUGGGUGUACAGCCUGCGCUUCAUGUUGCCCCCAGUUGCCCAGAAGUUGGACAGCCGUGAUGUGGAGAGAGAAUGACUGUAGUAUAUGACAUUGUUAGUGGUAAAUGCUCUAGACAUUUAAUGUUUAAAAUGGGCCAGAGAAAGCUUAGGGAAAAUGCAUUCUUUAUAAGUAUUUUUGCCUGUGACAUGACUGCUGUCAAGAUUUGCUUUUUCAUUAGUUUAGGAAUAGCAGUCUCAGGCAGUUCCCUGGAGGGUUGGAGAGCAGGAGAGGGUACUUGCCAGUCUGCAUAAAAAACAACUAGUGCAGGGUAGCCUCCAAAGUGAUACAGGAUCCCCCAGAUCAGCAGGGCUCCUUAAAAGCAUGAUCUUGAGAACAAGGCUGACUGUGGCUGGAUCCCUGCCUCUUGGAGAGCUGAGCUACAGAAGGAAAUCCCAGUGUGUAUAGGGGACAGGAUGCAUAUGCAGAGAUACAAGUGUAGCCUUUCCAGAUCAACAGCCUGACUGGUUUCUGGAUGCAGGGCUACUGCCUUUCCCACUUUAAAUUCCAGGAGGGAUUGCCAGCCUCUCCGUGAACCUACCCUUCUCCCCCAGAUUCAUGUUAGGUGCUAGGAGCAAUGGGUCUUUUUUUUUUUUUUGGCUGGGACUGAGCAUUUAAGUUAAUUUACCCCCUUGUGAGGUCAUCACCUGAAUGGAAUGCAGAUGUACCUGUCACAAUAGCUUCUGGAUUUUUUGAAAAUGAAAAUUCCAUGUUGCACAGUUCUAGACUUGUUGCAAACCAACUGUAUUUCUCAUUAGACAAACCUAAGAAAUAUCCAUAAUGGCCACGUCCAGGCAAGUGUGGAAAUGUGCUACUGCUAGUUGUCCCUGGGAAAUGCACAUGCCACGCACGCUCUGGCGUGUGGCUGGUCACCCUGGGUGGGGUAGAGGAGGCUGGGGUCAGCACUGGGCUGACCCCAGCAGCCUGACAUUGAGCCCUGGGGGCCUCCUGCAGCUGAAGCAGCAGCAGUCCUGCUGCUCAAAGCCUGGCCAGCAGCUGCAGCAUAGCUCAGGCUGGUCAGGCUCCGGUUUUGAGUGGCACACGCUGCCCCUACAUGUGCUAUUCCACUUUUUUUUAAUGCAGGUUUUUUUGAUCCCUGGAUAUCCAGGGGUCCACCCCCACUGUGCUGCUCCCUUGAAUAAUGAUCUAUUACUCAUUUCUGGCCUGAACUCUUGUGGUGUGAAAACAAAUAAGUAAUAUAGCAGCUCACCCAGUUUAUUUGCAUCUACCUGUACAGUUGAAAUAGUAACCUGAAAGUAAAGGCUUCCCCAUCUGCCACAACACUAUUGUAUAGAGUUGAUUGUAAAAGUGAAAGGUAACAUUUAUAAAGCAGUGAAUCUAAAUGUCCUGGUACCUGCCUGUGUCUGAGAUGACAGGGGGAUUUGAUUCGAUUUGAUGCUGGUUGUAAAAGUAAAGGGUUUUUGUUGUGUUAACUGCUCUUCCGACUUGCUUUUCUGUUCUGUUUUAUAGCAAAGCUGAACUUAAGGGUGCUUACCUUUAUUUAUAACAGUUAAGUGUUUCACCAGACUUACAGGACCAUAGUUUGCUCAAAAGCUUUCACUGUUAUAUCAGUACCUACCAGAAAGCAGAGUUUUUGGAAGAGAGCUUAAUCAAUAUAAGGCAGGGUAGAUAUCUUAGUUAGUUACUUUAUAAAAGAUGCAUUU